AAUGAGAAUUCUUCCGUGGAAAGCAUGUCCCAUUUAUCCAAUGCAGAAGCUGCGAAUUGUGUCGAAAACAGUGCAGUUGGUUCUCUAGUAAUUGAUUGUGGUAUACAGUCGAAAGUAGAAAUGGAAGACAAGGCGACCGAAACUUGCAAUUUUUUCUCAGACAUUGUGCACGAAUUAAAACGUAAACUGAAGUGUGUCCGUGAAAAACUUCGAAGAAGAGAGAAGAAAGUGUUUUCCAUGGAUGACAUCAUAAGUUCAUUGAAGAAGAAGGGGCAUCUUCGUGAGAAGUUACAAAACUUCCUCAAUCAUCAGAAAGGAACACAAGUGCAAUUAGUGUGCAAUUUAGUGGACAACUCUCUCUCGUCAAAGGGUAAUUGAUACACAACAAAUGUGAAAAUGUUUGCGAUGACUGUGUACUUUUAUUCACCAGCAGCAUAUGAAUACCUGCAAAAAUUA